AUGUACCCCUCUCAAUAUGCCUCAUGGUUUGCAUCAGAAGAUGAGAGUUCAUCACACGAAGGACAUUCAUGCAGCCCCAACCUAGAUUUUCAAGUACCACUAGCAUCAGAUGAUCAAUAUCAGUAUUAUUCACCUAAUUCCCCCGACUCUGGCUUCUCAGUUUCAGACCCGUCCGAAGCUUGCGGUUCCCGUACCACGAUCGUGUGUUCAGAAGUCGACGUACCUGAACUUCUCAAAUUAAAUACUCCCAACUCUCUAUUUCGAUUAUUCAAAGCUCAACACCUGGAAGUUAGUAUAAGCCUGCAACAGAGAUGGAGACUGCGAUGUCCUGAUUGCAACAAAUGGUCGCAAAUGAGCAUCCCUUCUACUGUUCCGCUAUGGUCUGAAGGCCAAUUCAAGUCCUUGAGCAAUCACCGUGGCAGCAAGAAGUACUCGCAGGCGGUAAUGAAAAAACAGAAGCAGCUUUCAGCUGGGAAUGUGUUUGAUGGGCCAAUCACUCGGCCCGACAGUAUUACAUCAGAUCAAAGGUUUCACACGAACAACAAGUCUACACAAACUGUACAAGGUAUUACAGACGUACAAGCAAUUCAAAAUUUGGAGCCACUAAGUACAAACAAACAGGCGGACAAACACCACAAGGACUACAGAGUGUACAAGCAAUACAGAUUAUACACAUAA